UCAACGUGCACGAGGCUAGGGAGAGAGAGAGAGGGAGAGAGAGUGAGAGAGGGGGGGUGAGACGCAGUCUCCAGCUGGAGCCUCUUCUUAGUAGAGAUGAUUACAAUAUUCUGUUUAUCUACAUCCGUAUGACAUGAAUCUGGCUGAUCGAUCUGUUUUCACCAAGAUUCAUCUCCUCAAAUCUUCUUGAGAUUUUCUUGACAAGAAGAGAGCGAGAGAGAGAGGGAGAGAGGGAGAGAAUAGCUUCCUUGCUAAAUGAUAAAAAUCACUGAUGCUCUGACACUACACAGCAUUUGUGUCUGUGCUCUUACGCGCCAACAAAUCCUAUUUAUUUAUUAUUUCAGACAUUAAACACCGUUUUCUCCAUUCAUAUUCCAAACAAACGACCAGAGACACCACGCGCUCUCCUCCUUCUCCUCUCCCUACCCUCAGCUCUCCUCCUGCCAGCCCCCCCACCCCCAAACACACACACACACACACACACAGUCAAAUGGAGGUAUCUUCUCGGUGCUGAAGAUCUGGGGAGGGAGACACACUCAUAGAUAAAUAGAUAGACAGGAGGAGACAGAGACAAUUAAAGGAGCCAAACUCCAUCCUGCUGCAUGCGGAGCCGAGGCUGAUGGGGUGGUGGCAUGAGGAGGUGUCACUCUGAGGUUCCCCCUCAGCUCCUUCCUAACCUCUGGCGUUUGGUGUCUGCAGAAUGGCGCGUUUUGGAGACGAGCUACCCAACAGGUAUGGUGGAGGAGGAGGAGGAGGUGGUGGCGGUGGUGGCGGGGGUGCCGGCGGACAAGGGGGGCCCGGCCGCGGCGGCAGCAGGCAAGGUGGCGCCCCCGGGGCGCAGCGGAUGUACAAGCAGUCGAUGGCCCAGAGAGCCCGGACCAUGGCCCUGUACAACCCCAUACCCGUCCGGCAGAGCUGCCUAACGGUCAACCGCUCCCUCUUCCUCUUCAGCGAAGACAACUUGGUGAGGAAAUACGCCAAAAAGAUCACCGAGUGGCCAUAUCCUUUCAUACUCCAGCCAAGCCGAGGUGUCUAA